AAUAUUCCGAUAAUUGUGAUCAUUUCUGCGCCGGAGAUAGGGAAAUUCCAGUCGCACCUCUAUCGUCGUGUCGUGAUGCUGCGUCUUACUUCAGGCCACGUGGCAAAUUUCGCCUCGUCAGAGUCCAAUGAAUUAGAUUGUCAAUGUGAAAGCGGCCUGUUGAUUGUCGCUAAAUUACGAGCCAUUCAACGAUAAAAAUCGUCGUUCAACCGAUCGCUAUCCCGCGGACACUGUAAAACGGUCUCCGAAAGUGCUACAGCGCUAAUCAAUUCAGCACACCGCACGCUGGCUUUAGUCGCCGAAAAUGGCAAUAAAAAGUCGUUCAUAAGUACCAACAAAGCAUAUGACGGAAGGGAAUGACCCCGAAAGAACCUGUUCCCAGCCAGCUGCUAGCGAUUUGCGCGUGUGCGAUCGUGGGGAUCACACUGGCCGGAAAAAUCCAGAUCCCGGCUAAGAUUCGAAACGAUGACCUGUUCUCGGAGGACGAAUUCACUUUCCCGGUCGAGGACACCAAGGACCCGACCAACUUCACUGGCAAUGUGAUGAAGGCCAGCAUCCUGAUGUCGGAGGUCAAAAAUAAGGGCAAGGGAGAGUUUAAGUAUGCAGUUGAAACAGAGAAUGGAAUUGAAGUGGAACAGAUCGGAAAGCUUCGCAGCGAUAAUAAAACCUUUGUGGUUAUGGGUUCCUACACAUACACCGGCGCGAACGGCAAGCGUUAUCGCGUGCGUUACACCGCAGACGAGCUUGGCUAUCAUCCGAUCACCGAACUCGAUCUGGAACUUCCAGAACCCGGACAGGCCCCGCCAGUCCGACAGCCAGUAAAACCCUUCACCUUCGCACCACGAACAACGACGACGAGGACGACAACCACCACUACUACCACUACUACUACUACUACAACGCCCAAACCGGUCCUGCGGGAACCCUACCGCGGACAUACCUAUCUGCCUCCACCCAAUGCUUAUUUACCUCCGCCUAAUGAAUAUCUACCUCCGUCCGAUGAUUAUUUGCCACCGCACGAAGUCAGUUCCAGUCAUGAAUUCUCGAAUCAACUACCGAUGGAUCAGUUGCCGCCGUUCUACAGUCCGCAGCAAAGUGCGCCGCAACAGAAUCUACUCUGGGAUGAGUCCUACAACUGAAUCAGCAAACCCGAUCGAUGUUUUGCUAGCUUAUUUUUGCUUAUUCUAAAUUAGCUUACUCUGUACAUAUUACGCUUGAUGUCAGCUAGGAUUAGGUUAUUUAUAAACAAAUAAAGUGAAGGCCAGUAGGUGCUUAGUAACUGUA